CCGGAGAGGAAAAAGGGGACACGAAACCACCGUGGCUGCAAUGGCGUCGCCCGCUCCCGCUCCCGCGACCGCGAAGCCCAUCGCUCUCCGGCGGCCGCCGGUCCCAGUCCGCGGCGGGUUCUGCCCGGUGCGUCCGUCCAUGGCUGCAGCGGCAGGCCGGCUCAGAGUCUCGGCCUCCGCUUCCGCCUCGGACGUGCCCGACUUCCUCUCCUCCGACUGGCUUGAAACACGCAAGAAGAAGCCUUUGGGCCCCAGGUUGAAUUUUAAUGCAGAAGAAGCAGUGGAGUACCAGCUUGAGGCCUUGAAAUACAAUGACAAACCCCGCCCGGAUUAUGGGGUUGAGGUCAUGUACCGGUUUGCAGGCUUUAAUCCAUUUGAAAGGUCAACUUAUUUUGGACGACAGUUUGAUCUUGGGCAGUUCGAACGUUUCCGGCGGAUAUUUCACCAUUCAACUUACAGAGUGCUGCUUGGCCACAAAGAAAGAGAGAUAUUAAGCAGAUUAUGGGUUGAAGAGAAUCAAUUUAAGCAGAGAGUUUGGAUCCGAGGAGCUCGCCCGGAGGAAGAAGAGAUAUUCCAGUUUACAAUGGUUCAGAGAGUUGGCGGCUCGUGGGACGGCUACUGGCUAACCGAGAGCUUGACAAACGACGACGGGGACGCAUUCUCAGGCGGGGUUGCUUAUUGACAGGCAUGUACAUAUACACUCAACUUUCAGCGUAUAGAUCGAUGCCUAUACGAAUACUAGCAAACUAGAAAAUGUAAGUAUGAGUUGAUGGUCCAGAUAUAGUUGACGUUUGCGACGACUGUCCAUGUAGAUGACACACUAGCAGAAGAAAGGAAUUUGCGGUGGAAUUAGCUGGUGUGUUCCCAUCCUGUAAAGCAUCUCAUCAUGUCAACCAUACACUACCAGAUCUAAGCUAUAUAUAUACUUACAAGACAAUCGCUUUCAAGAUA